GCUACAAAACUAGGCUUUGGAGUCCAUUUUGGGACCGGUUCAGGGGAUAGAUACAGCAGCAAGUCCAACAACGGUAGUAGUAACAAAGAUGGAGGAGUACCAGGGGCAGCACGGUCACGCCGUCGACGAGCACGGCGACCCCGUGGCCGGGCACGGCAACCCUGUGGCACGCUCCGCCGCCGGCGCGUUCACGGGCGCCGGCGGGCAGCUCCAGCACGGCAGGGAGGAGCACAAGACCGGCGGGAUACUGCACCGCUCCGGCAGCUCCAGCUCCAGCUCGUCUUCUGAGGAUGACGGCAUGGGCGGGAGGAGGAAGAAGGGCGUGAAGGAGAAGAUCAAGGAGAAGCUCCCCGGUGGCCACAAAGACAGUCAGCAGCACAUGGCCGCGGGAACCGGAGCUGGCGGGGCCUACGGGCAGCACACGGCCGCGGGAACUGGGACCGGCGGAGAUUACGGGCAGCAAGGGCACGCACGAAUGGCCGGUGCUGGCGCCGGCGAGAAGAAGGGACUCAUGGACAAGAUCAAGGAGAAGCUGCCCGGACAGCACUGAGCUGCCGGCCCCGACUGGCUGUCCGCUGCCGACUAGCCCUCUUGAGUUAAGCUUGAGCUGAGCAAAUAACAGCAAACUACUUAACUAGAUUAACAGCAGGAGCAUCCUCCUUCCCUGCACCACGUACCCUGACCAAAAUAUGA